CCACGUGAGAGGAGAGGCUGACACCCACAUGUGCAGACAGCAGACAAACAAUCCGGUCUGUCCAGGAGCAAAGUGGUUUUACAAUAAUUGCACUUGUACUGAGCGAAGUGUGUGCGUGUGAAGCAGACAGACUCCAGGGAUCACACAGAGGGAAUCACACACCCCUCCAUCGUCUCACAUGCUAAUUCAGCCAUAGAUCGUUCAUGUAACACGUGACGUUACACCCGAGUUGGCUCCUUUUCUAUCUAAUGCACACGUCUGUGGGCAAAAGUCUCCCAGACUGGCCAAUUAGGCCUGGGAGCUUUGAGCUGUGUGCUGUGCUGUACUGUGUGCUGUGCUGUGCUGUGCUGUGCUGUGCGAGUACAUAACCACACAGCCACAUAACGCUUUGUGUUUAGAGCAUGGAGCUUGGAGAUCAGUGUCGUGCGCAGUGAUGUGUAACAUUAGAGGUCUUGGCUGUGACAGCAUGUCUCUGUGAUGAUCAGCUCAAUGUGUGUGCAGUGGGUGCAGGCACAGUGAGCACUUACAAACCAGUGUGUUGACCUGCACGCUGCACUACCCAGCCUGGAUUAGGGCGUCAUCACAGUUAAAACCACAAACACCUCUCUAACAGCCCAGCGUCUGAAAACAUACAUUCUCUUCUCUUGUUUUGAUCACAUUUUCUCCCCAGCUAUUUUUAGACACCUUUCCAUAAGAAAAUAUCAUUAAAAAAAGAUAUGAUAGAAUAAGUAAGUUCAGAGAGUCAUUAAGGAUUGUGGUGGUGAGGGUGCUUCCCUCUUACAUCUCAGCAGCUUUUCUAAAUAUAGGAGAGGAUGUCUGCUCCCUCCUCUCUGAACUGACCUCAUCGUAACUCUCUAAUGGAGCCUUUAUAAACUCUUUUUCUCUCUCUUCCCUUGUGUAAAUGUUUGCUUGCAAGUGUUUUGUUAGUAUGAAAUAGCUAAAAUAAGUCAGUUCAGACCAGUGAAUGAAAACAUUUUAACGUGAUCAGAUCUUUGGGAUAAGAGGAGAACGUGAACAUGGAAUGUGAAGAAUUGUAUUGGGAUACGUUAGUGACAUCCGAAGGGGACUGGGGACAAUAGUCCCAGCACUGAGUCAAAGAGCUCAUAUUUAUCUUGCCUCAAAGAAAUGUGUAAGCACAGUUGUGUGCUAGCGUGGUGAGGAGUGUCCAUUAGGAAAGGUCUGAGCUGUGCUGCAGAUGCUGUACAGUGCAGUGCACCACAGCAGAGCAGGAGACUCUCCCACUGUUGAGUGGGACUGGCGGGUUGCGUCUGGGGCCUCCACGUGUCUGAUAUCCGGCCGAGAUCUGAGCUGUUUCUCCAGACAUGCUGGGAACAAGAGACCCUGUGUUCUUGACGGGUGUGAGUUUGUCACCCGACUGGCCCAUCUGUGAAGAGAGUCAAAUCAAGCUCAGCGUCUACGACGUGAAGGGCGACAGUCAGCGUACGAGCAGUUUCCUGGGCAGUGCUAGCUUCUCAGUCGCCGAGCUCCUCAAGUCCAAGGACCAGCAGCUGGCUCUCAGCCUGAGGACGUCAGAUGACUCCGCCUCCGUGGGGACGGUGGUGGUGUGUCGGCUGAAGAUGGGAGAGGUGGAGGAUGUAGAGGUGGAGCAUGUCACGGCGGACGCGCACCAGAAGUGCACUCUGGUGUGUGAGUCAUCUCACGGGACCACAAACGACAAGGACAGCGAGCCACUGUUGAAUGAAGUGUUUAAGAGCCCGGUGUGUAAGAUGUACCGUUUCCAGACGGUGGACGGCGCGUGGCUCCUGGUGAGGGAGCAGAUGUCUGAGUGUGCUCUGUCCUUCAGCCUCCCCAGACAACUCCUCAACCUCUUCAUACAGGAGGACGGAUGCAGGGUCCAGGAGCUGAAGGAUCUGGGGGAACUGUCCCCACACUGGGACAACCUGAGGACAGGAGUCCUUACUCGCUAUGGACAAGUCAUCAAAGCCUACCAGGACACGCUAGCAGAGCUAGAGAAACACACUGGUCCCUCAUUCAAGCCCAGCUGUAGCAAAGGGCAGAAGUACCUGGAGUUUGUCCCCAUCAACCUGCACACACAGCGCAUGAGAGUGACUGGACCCAGCAAAACAGACGCUGUCUAUGACGUCAUCACGGUGGGAGCUCCAGCUGCGCACCACCAGGGCUUCAAAGGUGGAGGACUGCAGAGACUACUCAGCAGAUAUGAGGUGGAGAAGAAGAGCUACAGCACGGCGUACCAGUGCAUCUACUACCCCCCUGAGCACACAGCCAAGGCCAGGGACAUCCUGAGUACCGUGUCCCAGCUGCAGCCUCUCAUCGGCGGCCUGGCUGACCACCUGCUCCUCACGGCCCAGCAACACUCCGCCCACGGCCUGCGCGAUGCACUCAAGAGCCUGGCGUUAAAGACAGAGCAGUUUGUUCAUGCUCUGAAGGAUGAGUUGGUUAAGAGUGCUCUCCUGGCGCUCCACGCCGCUCGACCCGGCUACGUGAGCAAGAGCCACACCUCUUGCCCCGCCAUGGUCGACUCGACCCCGAGCCCGGCUGCGACCCCUGCCGUGACCCCGGCGGUGACCCCGGCCCCGGCCGAGAGCCUAAACCAGAGUCCGGAGUCAGACACGGCCGUGUGCAACAGCGUGUCCGCCUCUCCCGGAACGGAAGGUGGAUCUGUUAAACAUCAGGACAUCCCUCACCACACAGAGUACGACGAGGAGGAAUGGGACAGGGUGUGGGCCAGCGUGGCCAAGAACCUGAAUAGGGUGAUGGAUGUAGUGGACCAGCUACGCAGGCAGGACAACACCACCCAACGUCCUGCUGUGGAACAGACCCUGGCUGAUGUCAUCACCUCCCACAGUCCUGCUGCAGAGUGGAGUGAGCAGCUCUGCCCUCUGGUGGCAGCGCUGAAGAACUGCGUGAACGAGGUGGCCGAGCGAGCCAGCAAGUCCAUGGCAUUUGUUCUCCUGCAGGAAGCGGCCUGCAGCUCGCCCCACGGCCUGCAGCUGCAACGCAGACGUGACACCGUGUUCAGCCAAGCGCUGGUUGCUUUAGCCUGUGGAUUCAUCGUGAGGCUCUACUCUGGGAUGGAGGACACAGGUUUCCUGCAGCAGCUGCACUCUGUCGGACUGGUGGCCCAGUUUGAGAGUCUACUGAGCACCUACAGUGAAGAAGUAGGUAUGUUGGAGGAUAUGGAGGUGGCCGUUUCUGACCUACAGAAGGUCACCUUCAGAAUCACAGAAGCACCUUCUGACGACCCUUCCAAACUGCAGCCUACUGUUAGUGGAAGACGAGACCAUUACACUGUAGAUGUGCCACUCCCAGUCCAAGCCUUCCAGACUUUGCCAGAGGAGCUGCGCAAGGGCAAGCUGCUACAUGUGGUUCCUGUGCUCUUCAACGUUGGCAUUAACGAGCAGCAGACCUUCGCAGAGCGAUUUGGGGAUAUAUCAUUACAGGAGAGGAUAAACCAGAGAAACUUUGACAUUUUACAGGCGUACUAUAAAUCCCUGCGUGACAAGGUUCCAUUAGAAAGUCUGCCCUGUUUUCAAACACAGACUGAUGUUAAGGAGUUACUGGAAACACUGGGCCAGAACGUUGUAACCAAGAAGAGGAAGAACGUGGAGAUUCUGUGGUUGGCAGGAGCGAUCUGCCGGCGUCUGAAUGGAAUUCGCUUUACUAGCUGUAAAAGUGCCAAAGACCGGACGUCCAUGUCGGUCACGCUGGAGCAGUGCGCCCUGCUGAGGGAUGAGCAUCAGCUGCGUAAGGACUACUUCACCCGGGCCCUGGACUGCAUGCGGAGCAGUCGGCAGGCCCAGGGAGAAGGUGCCCAAUGGGACGACCCUGAGGCAGGUUCAGUAGCCAAUCACAAGCCGGCGUCUCGCCACUUCUAUCCAAUCGCUCUUCUGCUUGUUAGCUCGCACCUGCUGGUGGUGUGGCUCAUAUUAAGUCUUGUUUUCCUGCUUGCAAAAUAUCAAUAAACUGCUGAUGACACCAUAACAAUGUGCUGUCUGGCUCUGUUCCUUCGUCUCACGGGGUCCUGCUCUCGCGGGACGUUUCUCUGCUUCCGAUGUUUCCUCCCUAUACUUCUCCUAACAUAAACCUUGGGAGCGUGUCUCUGUCUUCUGUCCUGCUUCAAAACAAACUAAUUUCCCAUUUGGAAGUGAGGAAAAAUCUGUGGUGUAUUUCAUACGCUGAGGUAAUAGUGCAUGAGUUUGAAUGUCCUUGGCUGCGUGCUGUGCCCGGUGAGGCUCCGUCAGCUUCUGCUGACUUUGUUCCAUAAUCAUCAUUCCACAUGGCCUUGAGUCUGAGAAAGCGGCUCUAUCAAUGUAACCAAUAAUAAUGGAAAUGGAUAAAUCUGGAAAUGAUUGUAUGGGGCAAGCAAGCAAAAGUGGAGAGUGUGAGUACAUGAAGGUAGAAGACAAAUGAUGCUAUGAAGUUACACUUGUAUAGCGCCUCUCUCAGUACUCAAGGACACUUUAUAAUCAACACACAUCGUGCUUUUACGUCCUGUCAUCACACCAGUGACAAGCAGCAGCCAAGUGCACACAGUGUACUCUGAUCCAGAAACCACAGCGCCCCCUAGGGGACUGGAUCAGGCACAGGAACGGGAGGGAGGACAUCACCCAGGACAGAGUGCCAUCCAGCAGUAUGCACGCACACACACAGACACACACACAGACACACACACAGACACGCGUGCGCUCGCACACACACACACACACCCACCCACCAGGACAAUAAAUAGGGAAAGCAGAGAGCCCAGGAAACACUCAGAGACACAGAUGGAAACGUGGAAACGCUGCUCAGACCGGGACCUGUGAGACCCCAGCGCUUAGAGGCAAACUGAAAAACAUUUUCACAAAUGUGGCAUUUGAGGUCAGUCACAAUGGAAGUGGUUCUGGCCAGUAGCGAAGUGAACAUUUCAGAGUGAAUCUCGGCUCAUAGCACAGGAUGCCAGACUUUGUCUCCUCUGUUUGUCUCUCUGUGUUUUUUCAGUGUGGUGUUUUGCUCAUAUUUUGAAUGUAUAAGCCAUAUGUGAAGUGUCCUUAGUAACCAGGACACUUCCAGAGUUUGCAUUUUGUUCUGGUUUUUGUUCAUCAGUUAAUGCUGCAGUGUAAUAUUAACGAGGUCAUUUAAUGUCUCAGUGCCGUGAGGUCAUUUAACAUGAGGUCAUUUAAUGUCUCAGUUACACAGAUGUUUUGAAAUGCUUCAUUUUUGUUGUGUUUUUUGCUUAAUGUAUUCCUCACUGCCAAUGAGUUAUUGGCUUUUGUUUACUUGGUAAAUGCUGCAGUGAUUGGACCCUCCGGGCCACCGUAUGAGCUGGUGCUGAUGUGUGUGUCACUGCCAGUUUCCCACAGACACUGUAAAGUACUGAAGAGGAAAUAACCACUCGAGGGAGUCGGAGUUGCGUUUUGUUUUGUGUACUGGAACUGGAUGAAAAUUCAUGUUAAUAUAUAACCUCAUUGUUUCCUACAUGCUCUCAUAACUCCAUUAUCAUCCUAUCCCUUCUCUCUCUCUCUCUCUC